GCGACUGGCGGUGCAAGAUCAUCGACAAACCUUGGACGGGUUUCUUCCAUGGAGAGCACGGAGCUGAAAGUGGAGAUGGUGGCGCUGCAUGAGAAGCGGGUACGGAAAUGCCUGUCCAAAGUGAAAGGCAUCGAGCGGGUGGAGGUGGAGGCGAGCCUCCAGAAGGUGGUGGUGACGGGGUGCGUGAAUCGGAGCAAGAUCCUCAAGGCGCUCCGGCGGGUGGGGCUCCGCGCCGAGCCGUGGUCGCCGCACAACGAGCUGCUCAGCGCCUACGCCACCACCAGCCUCAUGUUCAACAACUCCUACAGCUUCUUCUGAACCGACGAUCCUUCGCUGUUGCCUUUUGGUUUCUUACUUUCUUUCGUUCUCUGCUUGUUGGGGUUUGGGAACGGGAAGGCGUUCCACAAUGUAUACAGAGAUGAGAUGACUUUUUUUUUUGGUUCUCUUCCUUUGGGUACGGUGUUGAGUGGCGGAGAGCGGUGGUAGCCGGCGAGGCGGCAGGGAGAUGUAAAAUGUAAUGUUCUGCAGGCAAGGAAUCAAGACGGUGCCUUGCAUGA